AUGGAAGGUACUUUACAAGGGAUUUUUAAUACUUUAAUGGAGAGUAUAUUAAAUCUAACACAUAAUGGUUAUUCUGUAUCUAAAAAUGAUCUUCGUGAUUUCUGUACACAAUUUAUUUAUAUUGAAUUGAUUACACUAUCUUCAUGUUUUGCACUAAGAUUCUUUAUAUUGAAGGAGCAGCAUAAAGAGUUCAAAAUUAUUGUUGCUGUAACACUUAUGAGUAAGCUCACAUCAUUAUUCUUAUUAUUGGGUAUAGUUUGUAUUGAGUUAUUUGCUUUAAUUCCAUUAUUAUCUGCAGAAAGGAAGCUACCAAUUAUAGAAUACGAAAAUCAAACAAGAGAAGCUCAAUUUAGAAAAAUAUUGAUAAUAACUAAAAAUUAUGAGAGAAUAUUUAAUAUAAAUAUUACCUGUGAUUCAUUUGCAAGAUAUAUAUGUGGUUUAUUAUUGGUUCCAGCUCUUGAAAGAGGUGAAUUAUCAUAUAAUAAUUUUUGUGGAAUUGAUAAUACUACUUUAUCACUUCUUGAUAUUAUAUCAACUGUUAAAAAUUAUUAG